AUGGAGUUCAUAUCGACGGUGGCAAGCUGGUUCACUCCGACGACACUUUUCAUCCUCCUCAAUCUUAUGAUCGGCACAAUCGUUAUCACUUCUCGAUUCGGGUCGGGUUCAAGAAAAAACCACCCACAUCACGACGGGUUUGGAUCCGGCCAUGCUCCGUUAGCCAGAGCUCCGUCGAUUAUCGACCGAGUAAAGUCCAUCAAUUUCCAUCUCUACAAAUUUCCUCAUCCAGAAACAGAGCUUUUCUCGAUGACGUCACACCACGACGUAAUCGGGUCGGAUCUUCAUGUUUACCCGGACUCGAAUCCAGCUCCGUUACAACGCAGUCCUUCUCUCUUGGAUCGGGUUAAAUCCAUCAACAUGUCCUACUUCAAGUUCCCACAACACGACGUAACCGAGUCGGAUCUUCACUCUCAUUCACACCAUGAUCCAAACCCGGACCCGGCUCCGUUGCAACGCUCUCCAUCUCUUCUGGAUCGGGUCAAAUCCAUCAACAAGUCGUACUUCCAUUUCAACCAGUAUAACCCGGAGGAAGAAACAACCCGAUUCGAAAACAUUCCGACCCGGAUGGGUCGGGUUGAUCCGAUUGAUAUCUCGAAAUUCAAGAUCCCGGAGGAAGACCAACCAGGUCAAACCGGAUUGGAUCAUCCAAUUGACCCGCCUCGUCUAACCCGAGCUCCGUCUAUUCUGGAACGGGUCAAAUCCAUCAAGCUAUCCUCAUUUUAUAGAUCCGACCCGGAAACCUACCCGGAUCCGAAUACGGAUCUUCACGAAGAACACAGGCACGUCAGGAGCAAAUCGGAAUCGAAGAAACCGGUGAAGAAGAAGAAGAAAUCGACGGGGAAGAUGACGAAAUCAGCGAGUGAGAAAUCGGGGAUGGGUUUCACCGGAAGCCACGAGGAGGCGGAGUCGGCGGAAUCCGUCGAACGGAGAAGGCCAGAUACGACGAGGGUCGAGAGAACGACGUCGUUCGGAGACGGCGAAGAUGGCGUCGACGAGAAAGCUUCCGAUUUCAUCAACAAAUUCAAACAGCAGCUGAAGCUACAGAGGCUCGAUUCGAUCCUGAGGUACAAGGAGAUGCUCAAGGCCAAUUGA